CGGCACGCACCAAGAAGAUGAAGGAGCUGCUGUAAACUCGGUUGUCUCUCAGGCCGACAUGCGGAGGAGCAAGCGAGUCACCGACAGCCCCGAGCUGCUCAAGAAGUUGAGGGACAGGAGGAGGCAGCAGGACCAGCGACAAGCCCAGCUGAAGAGCGAGCAGCAGCUCGAGCAAGCAGCUCGACAUCUGCUGGACAAGGUUGACACCAGCAGAGACCCCUGGUUGAGAUCCAUCCUCUCGAGAAUCGCCACUGAUACUGCCAAGACGGAGGUGGCGAAGGAGAAGAUCUCGCGCAUGAGAAGCGACUUGAAGGUCCCUAAGAGGGAGCAGGGCUUGAGAAGCGACAAGCAGGAGCCUGCAAUCAUGAUCUUGGACCCACACGAUGCCCAACAGCGGAGGAGGGUUGAAGCUCAGCGCCUUCUCCAACAUCUUCUGUCCUCUACUCACGACGACUUGAACCGCAUGCGAGCUGCUCGCUCCUCGCGUUCUUUGCGUCUGCUCAACCACUACUCCCCGCUCUUUCAUAAUCCUCGCUCAUCGCACACUCGUCUGAGUGAGGAGGGGCGCGGGCGUCACCUUCAUGGACUUGACAGCGACGAGGGGAAGGGGCGAGUUGACCAAGAUGGUGGAGAGGGAAGUCGAGAGGACGGGGGAGGGAGCGAGCAAAGAGGGUCAGGAAGCUGGUUCGGGGAGUUGGGGCGAGACCUUGUACAGGAUGUGAAGAACGUUGUGUAAGAGGAGGAAAAGGC